AUGCCAUUAGGACUGUGCAAUGCUCCUGCAACAUUUCAGAGAUGCAUGCUGGCUAUAUUCUCCGACCUAGUGGAGAAGAGCAUUGAGGUUUUCAUGGACUGUAAACCAGUUCUUACUCCCAUAAUUAAAUCCACAAGACUCAGCCACACCACUGAUUCCCCUUAUGAAGAUCCAGCUGGGAAUAGAAGGCUCAUUGGCAAACUUUUGUAUCUCACCACAACUAGACCCGAUAUCAGCUAUUUUGUCCAGCAACUAAGUCAGUUUUUAUCCUGCCCUCAACGGUCUCAUUAUCAAGCUGCCAUCAGGGUACUUAUAUACCUCAAGGGAAAUCCUGGACAAGGCUUGUUUUAUCCAGCAGAUUCCCUUCUUCAACUCAAAGCUUUUAGUGAUUCAGACUGGGCCUCUUGUUCAGAUACUAAAAGGUCUCUCUCAGGCUAUUCUGUUUUCCUAGGAAAUUCCCUCAUCUCUUGGAAGUGCAAAAAAUAG